AUGGCCCAAAAGCUAACGAUCCUCUGCUGUGCCCUGCUGGGAGUAGCCGCUGCCAGCUACAUUCCCCAUGGCGGCUAUGAGCAUGGACAUGCAGUCGGCUUCAGCAUUCAGACGCACCAUGAGGCGCCCAAGAAGUGGCACGAUCAUCAGGAGCAGCAUCAAUGGGCGGCGGCACCUCAGCACAGCCACCACUGGGAGGCAGCUCCUCAGCAGCUGCACCACCAAUGGGCAGUUCCACAGGAGCACCACAAGUGGACAUCUCACCACGACGAGCCGAAGCAUCACCCAAAAUACCAGUUCGAUUAUGGAGUCAAGGACACAAAGACCGGAGAUAUCAAGCAGCAGUGGGAGACCCGGGAUGGUGAUAAGGUCAAGGGAGGCUACACCAUGAAGGAAGCCGAUGGCCGCACCCGCGUCGUCGAGUACACGGCCGAUGCCCACAACGGAUUCCAGGCCACAGUCAAGCACCUCGGACAUGCCGACCAUUUCGAGCACAAGCAGCAGGAUCAUGGCUACUCUCACGGACAUGAACAUGCCACCAGCUAUGUGGAUGUCAAGCAGGAUACCGGCAGCAAGUGGGUGGACAAGAGCAGCAAGUGGUGGUAACAGAACUGACUGAAGAAAUUGAAAGAACUGAUGAU